ACCGACGGUCGGUACAGGCAAAACCGUACGCGAUAUUACUGCUGCUACAAUUGUCUCUGUUUAGUUGGUCUUUACAUUUUGUUACGGUAUAAUUAGCUCAGUUUUUUUCUGUAAACCAAUCAGAUCUGAAGUUGAAUCAGUGCUCAGUAUGGGAUCCCCUUCCUCUUCGGCACGUCUUACACUACUCCCUUCCAAUUAUCUCUCAUCCCAGAAUCCCUCUUCGGAGAUUACCCUCCAAUCGCUUAUAGAUGUGUCCGAUCGCAUGGCAAAUGAAGCCAAAGAGGCCCUUCCGUACAACUUUGAUGAGUGUUCUUAUAGCAAAGGUUACUUGAGACAAUCUGUAUGGUCAUGUUUAGAUUGCGGCGAGAAAGGCGUGUGCUACGGCUGUUCUAUAUCUUGUCAUUCGGAACAUCGACUGAUAGAGCUCUGGACCAAGCGAUCUUUCCGGUGCGACUGUCCGACGGUCUCAAUGCAAGCAGAACAACCAUCUGGUAGCAAACGACGCAAAUGUGUACUUAAUCGGCCAGAAACACAGCCGCAGCUUCCAAAUGAAAAGAACCGCUAUUCCAAGAAUUUUCAAGGCAAGUUUUGCAGAUGUGGCAGGGAUUAUGAUCCCGAGACAGAAGAGGAAGCCAUGUUAUGCUGUUUGGGGUGCGAGGACUGGUUUCACGAGACAUGCCUCAAUCUACGGCAACUGGGAGAUAAGACAUCGAAUCUCACGCAGCCUGUAGCAAAAGAUUCUCAGCUUCCAACACUCGUGACGGCUCCAGACGAUGCAUCAUCUGUUUUAAUCGCCGAAGAGGUCGAAGAAGAAGAAGAAGAUGAACAGGUCCUGAUCCCUUCGGAUACCUACGACUCUCUCAUAUGUGGUGAAUGUGUUCUCUCAAACCCAUUCUUGACCUCUCAAGCAGGGAAGGAGGGUUUCAUGAUAAUUGAACCGAGAGAAUCAAGCUGGGUAGUCAUCGGAAGAAACAUGAGGCACGAGGAUGAGAUAAAAAUCGGGCUAGGGGAGAAAAGAGGUCUGGAGGAGAACGAGGAGGCGAGCAAAAGGGUAAAACUGGAUGACGGGUCAGAAGCGCGAGGAGGAGACGCAUUUACGGAUAGUGAGAAAAGGAAGGGGAAAGGAGACGUCUUUUUAGCUCACGGGGUGAGGAACAGACUCAAAUCCCAGCUUGAUAUGAAUACCAUUUCAAGUCUUCCAUUCCCUUUGGAGGAUGAGGAGAUUUACGAGCCUCCGCAAGAUGUGGAGCAAGAAGAAACGAUAGAAGAGGCCACUUCACGGGUCGUCUCUUCCCUUCCUCGCAUACAAGCAAUAGAAGCUUUGCAUGGCUAUCAAAGGCUCAAGGAACAACUGAACGAUAUGCUCCGAUCUCACGUACAGUCAGGCAAAACGGUCAGCAAAGAAGACAUUGAAGAGUUAUUUGAGAAGCUCAAAGCUACUCGGGAGAGGAGAUGAAGCAUGGACUGUUGUAGUGUUUUGAGAUCCGAGUACUAGUUGUCUAUCGUCUGAUGCAUGAUUGUAAUCG